AUGACUCUGGCCGCCAUUGAAGACGGGACGGUUACUGUCAACGACGUCUCACACAACAUCACUCCCAGAGUCAACUUCAUGACGGAAAACACUCGUUAUUACGGUCCAGACUCCCAGCUAUCCGCCUGGUCAACUGCUAGACCACUCACUAGCUCUGAUCCCUGCUCCGCUCAUGGAUGCGAAAUCUCUAUCCUGAAGAUGACGACUCUCCAAGGCGCGCAGCUGCUACAUGAUAUUCUAUCAAAGUCGAGUUCAGGGAGCGGGAUUGUACCGGGUAUACUGAAUUUUGGAGAUGCGACUUCUCCAGGAGGAGGAUUCUUGAUCGGUCUCCCAACCCAAGAAGAAACCAUUGCUCGUUCAUCUACACUUUACCCCUCUCUCAUGACAGACACUGCUCAGCAGUUCUACAAUCUGCAUCGCCACGAUGAGAAAGGCGGAUUCUUUCACCAUGCAUUUGUAUACACCCCUGCAUCCGUGGUGAUGCGAAAUGACGCAGGAGAUUGGGUGUCGCCGUAUGACGUUGAUGUACUCACGAGUGCAGCAGUGAAUGCUGGUACAGUCCGCAGACAGAUCGGCAACAGCGUUGCACAUGACGAGGUUGAGAAUCAGAUAGAAGCGACGAUGCGGGAGAGGAUGGCGCGUAUUCUCUUCUUAUUCGAGCAGCAAGGGAGUAAAAAUAUCGUUCUGGGAAGCUUUGGAACGGGAGUGUUCAGAAAUAAUGUCGAGGUGGUAGCGAGGCUAUGGAGUCAGUUGUUGGUCGGAGAUGCUGCUCGAUUCAACGCCUCCUUUGAUCGAGUGGUAUUCGGUAUCAUUGGAGAGAAGACCUUCAUGACAUUCAAGGAUGUAUUUAAUCAAACAGAACGGUAG